GGAACCGACGACGUGAAGAUUGCAUCGCUUCGAGUGCAUAGGCUACAUGCAGUAACACAGCCGGUCACUUCACAUCUAACACCGCUUUCUUUCAGAUAACUUUAGCAUUCUCGACAACAGCGAUGCAGUGUAAACCUCCAUGACUUAUCCUGACAUAUUCAUAUCUCUCCAGCUCGCUCUGCAUAUCAUAUUAUCCUGUAUCCUAAGUUUCACUGUCGCCCAGAACCCAGUCGAUGCAUAUGCUCCGACAGUCAAUGUCAAUUGUCCAGACACACCUAACUCGCUCGUGCGGACCUUCACAUCACAGACUCAGGUUCUGAACACAUCAGAAACGGAUUAUAUUGCGUCCAGGGAAUAUUGGAUACUCGAAGGUUGGGUCAACCAUUGGGAGGCAAAUUUCCCAGAAUUGGCAUCGCCAGUCGGAGGCGAGGGAUACCGCACGGCACAAUAUGGCGCAGCAGUAUUGUCAGGGUUGGAUUGGAGAAACACCACCGCCAGAGAGGCGGGGACCGGAGGACUGCUGCAAGUCGCGUCUUACCUCUCGGCUUCGUCUGGCGGUUCAUGGCUACUCGGGUCACUUCUGAUGAACGAUUGGCCCUCAAUCAACGAACUAGUUUAUGGGAAUGGAGAAAAUCUUUCGUCAUGGAUAGUAGACCUUGACUUAAUUGUGCCAUCAUCGCCAUCAGUCAGCGAUGGAAAGAACCAAGAGUAUUGGGGCAGUAUCCUGGCGAGUGUCGAAUCAAAGGCAAAUAAUGGACUUCCUACCAGUGCGACUGACCUAUGGGGUCGGAUGAUUUCAUAUCACUUCUUAAACGAAACUACGCGAGAAAACUUCUAUACCAAUCAGACUGGCCACGGCGCUGGUCAACUAUGGUCCCAAAUGUCUCUCCUACCGAAUUUUCAAAAUUACACAAUGCCAUUCCCGAUAGUAGCCACUGACUCACGCAAAGCGGGCUCAGGGAUAACCACGAAUGUCCCCCUGAAUUCAACUGUUUAUGAGAUUACACCUUUUGAGUUCGGGUCGUGGGAUCCAAGUCUUUCAGCCAUGCUACAGCUGAAAUAUGCUGGGACUUAUUUGACAAACUGGUCUUCCGGCGAACCCCCAUUCAAGGGUGUCAAUCCUGGUACUUUUCAAGACUCAUCUGCAGACCAGCUCGAACUUCUUGACGGAGGUUCAAACUACGAGAAAGUUCCCCUUAGCAGCCUACUUGUUAAGGCUAGGGGACUGGAUGUAGUAGUCGUCGUUGACGGUAGUGCGGAUGAUCAAUACCAUUGGCCAAAUGGUACAUCACUGCUAACUACCUUCGAGCGGAUAUCAUCAGUGCUCUCGUCUUCGCAUCAACCGAUGCCACCCAUACCUGGAACUGCUGCUCAGUUUGUUUCCACAGGCGUCAAUAUGCGCCCAACGUUUUUUGGCUGUAAUCUCACUCAAGGUCAACCCGAUUACCCCAUCAUCAUAUAUCUCCCUAAUGCGCCUCCGUUGGAUGGAAAGGCGCCAGCCACGAACACUGAUGAUAUCCAAUUUUCCUACACAUCCAAGUUCACGGCCGUGUUCAUAAAUCAAGCGUUCUGGAAUACCUUGGGUGGCUUCAAACCAAACACAACUUCCUCUGAUCCGAAUUGGGGGCGAUGCUUGCAAUGUGCCGCAAUUGAUCGCGCAGUUACACCACGAUCAGAUAUCUGUUCGCAAUGCUUUGCGCAGUAUUGCUACGAUCCAAACAAUCUUACAAGCCUAUCAGAACUCCCAGGUAGAACAUUCAUAUUCGAGGACCCUGAUCCGAGCGGUCUGGAGAAAGUUGCACAAUGGUUAGAAGGCGAUAAGAGUUUAUUGGCAGGGUCCAUUGUUGGCAUCAUAGUGGGUAUUGCAGGGAUUGUCGGUUUCAUUUUCUGGUGGCGGCGGAGGAGAGCACGCUUGUCUAGGUAUUCUCGUGUCGACGAGCUCCGAGAGGAUGACGAACCUUGGAAGUACUAUGGUAACUCGUUGGAAUUGACGCGUCGAAUGUCGAUAACAUGAUGCUCUGAGGUUAUCACUGCACAUAUUUCCUGCAUCACAUACUAUGUUUCAUGUUGUACUACUGGACACUGGUACUGUUGUCAUUAUAUACCCCAGAGUCGCACUAAUAACACGUUAAUUAACAUGCUUGGUAACUCGAUGCUGCCGUCUAUAUAGUACACAUCGUAGACAAAUCUACGCCGUGAUCGAUUGAACCUGAUGUUGAUGAGAUCGAUGGAGGGCGACGCAC